CGCUCUUUACACACACCAUCAUCAUCUUCUUGGUAAGAAAACCCAACUCCCAAUUUUUCAUUCUUUUUUCAAAAUUUCCAAUUUUUCACAAUUUUAGUUUACAUAAUUUUUGGGUUUCAUUUCAUAUUUAUCAUCAAUUUGACUUAUGUAUCUAUAUCUGUUUUUGUGUGUGUGUGUGUGUGUUUUUUCAAGAUUUUGUGUUCUAUAUAUAUGAUUAACUUUGAUAAAGCGUAAAGGAGCUAUCUUGAUGAGUAAUUUGUAUGUAUCCAUAUUUGUUUUUGUAUUUUUUUUUCAAGAUUUUGUGUUCUCUAUGUAUAUUGUUCUUUGAUAAAGUGUAAAGUAGUUAUCUUGAUCAGUAAUUUGUAUGUAUCUAUAUGUAUUUUGUAUUUUUCUCUAAGAUUUGGUGUUCUCUAUGUGUAUUGUUCUUUGAUAAAGUGUAAAGGAGCUAUCUUGAUGAGUAGUUUUUAUGAUAUUGAGGAUUGAAGAUCAUAAGAAGGCUGUUUUUGGGUUGAUUAUUUGGUCAGUUAGUGUAUUUUGCUGUAGCAACUUUGUUUCCACUGUCUUAUCCCUAUAAAGUUACUCGGUAUUUGUGUUGGUAGGAGGUAGCGGGUACCUCGUGGGAUAGAGCUAGAUACAAGUGUAAAGGAGCUAGCUUGAUGAGUAAUUUGUGUGUAUCUAUCUGUGUUUUUGCUUGUUUUUUUUUUCCAAGACAUUGUGUUCUAUGUAUAUUAUUCUUUGAUUAAGUGUAAAGGCGCUAACUCGAUGAGUAAUUUGUAUGUAUGUAGUUGUGUUUUUGUAUGUUUUAUUUGUGUUUUUGUAUGUUUUCUUUUUCAAGAUUUUGUGUUCCAUGCAUACUGUUCUUUGAUUAAGUGUAAAGGAGCUAACUUGAUGGGUAACUUGUAUGUAUGUAUUUGUGUUUUUGUAAGUCUUCUUUUUCAAGAUUUUGUGUUCUAUGUAUCUUGUUCUUUGAUUAAGUGUAAAGGAGCUAGCUUGAUGAGUAAUUUGUAUGUGUCUGUGAUUUUGUAUGUUUUUUUUUCAAAAUUUCGGGUUCUCUAUGUAUAUUGUUCUUUGAUAAAAUGUAAAGGAGUCAACUUGAUGAGUAAUUUGUAUGAUCUUGAGUAUGUAAUUUGUAUGAACUUGAGUAUUGAAGAUCAUAAGAUGGUAGUUUUUGGGUUGUGUGUGUUUUUUUUUAAAAGGAUCGGAUAGCAAAAAGGGUUAAAAUUGCUCUCAAUGGAUUGAAAUAACUUUCAAAGCUAUCAAUAAUUUUAUUAAGCAUUGGAAGGCUUUAAAUAGCCAACAUAAAGCACAUAAUUUGCAUUAUUUGAUAUUCAAAAUCCUAAAGUUUCUCAACAACUAAAACAACCUAAUCUGAAAUUUAAAAUUCAAAUUCAUCUUAGUUCUAAACAACUUAUUAACUAAAAGUUACUGCAGUAACUAAAACAAUUUUCAACAAGUUGAUUAUUUGGUCAAUUACUGUAUUUUUGCCAUAGUAACUUUCUUUCUAGGGCUAAGGGCUUGGAAAGUUGUUCGGUAUCUUUGUUGGUAGGAGGUAGCAGUAACUCAUGGGAUAGUCGAUCUAAGCACAAUCCGGCUCGGACACCAAUUGUUACUGAAACAAAAAGGAGUUUUACCCCAAGAAGGUGCUCCCAUGCUAGAGGGGGGUAGGAGGUACCUCGAAGGAUAGUCGAGCUAGGUACAGGUGUAAAGGAACUAGCUUGAUGAGUAAUUUGAUGAUCUGCAGCUUGGUUUAAGUUUGCAAGAUUUGUUCAAAAAAGUGCUUAUAAGGGAUGUCGAGUGGGAGCUAUACACACUGGUGCCACAGAUGCAGGCAGCCAAUUCAACCUUUAGGAGGUAAUUGUCUUUGCCCAAAUUGUGGCGGAGGUUUCGUUGAAGAGCUCGAUGACAUGAUAGGUUCUAGAUCAAAUAUUGAGGAUGAUCCUCAUUUUGGAUUGAUUGAUCCUUUUCCAGACCCAAGAUUUGGUAUAAUGGAUGCCCUUGCUGCAUUCAUGAGGCAGAGAAUGGCAGGAAGAAACCCUAACUUUGACAUAAGGACAAGAUCUGGCAUUGUUCCAGGAAGUGGGAGGGGCUUUGGUUCUGGUCCAUGGUUGAUAUUUCAUGGCCAAACUCCUGUUAGUAUGACCGAAAAUGAUGCAUUUGAGUACUUUUUCAAUGGAAGCCCAGGAAUGGGGCAGCGACGACCUAAUUUUGAUGAUUUGAUGGGGACUGGGCUGCAACAGUUAAUUGAGCAGCUCAGUAUGAAUGAUAGGCAGGGGCCUCCCCCGGCACCUCGUUCGGCAAUUGAUGCUUUGCCUACUGUCAGGAUCACACAAAGGCACCUCAACACUGAUUCUCAAUGCUCAGUUUGUCAAGAUAACUUUGAAUUGGGUUCUGAAGCAAGGCAAAUGCCAUGUAAGCAUCUUUACCAUUCAGAUUGUAUUGUACCUUGGUUGGUCAGGCACAACUCAUGCCCUGUCUGCCGUCUUGAGCUGCCUUCACGAGCUUCUGGGAGUGCCCCGACCAAUUGGACUUCCAGAACUGGAAACGUUAGCAGUGGCACCAACAACAGUAGUGGUAGGGACAACAGCGGUCAAAACCAAGGGAGGAGGAAUCUUUUUUCAUUCUUGUGGCCUUUUCGCUCGUCCAACCAAAACACUGGCAAUUAUACUGAUGAGAGGAGAGGAGGAAGUAGCUCAACAACACCCUAUGAAGAGAACAAUGAAGCAAAUUACCCUGCAUGGCGCUUUUAAUUAUUAAAAAGUUUCUUUCCAGCAUCUUGGAUUUUGCCUACUUUCAAGGUUCUGAAAUUAGUUUCAGGGGAUGUUGAUUGCGAGAUCUUGAAAUUAUCCUAGAUGGAGUGGAAACGUUGUUGUUUACAAUGUGUUGUAAUAUGAGAUCUAAGUUGUUCUUCAAAGGUGUAUAGGUGGGAAACAUCUUGAGAUGGUUUAAGGUGCUUGUGUAAAUGAUGUUCUCAAAAUGUCAAUGAUACAUCUGUUGUUGAUAAUAAAUUUGCUUCUAGUUGGCGUA